AUGCUGCCCCUCAGCCGCCGGCGGCCCCGCCGCUGGCAGCACCCGCUGCUCCUCCUGUCAGCGCUGCUCUGGGCGCCGGCGCUGGUGGCUUUCAACCUGGACGAAGAGAAGCUGACGGUGUACAGCGGGCCCCCGGGCAGCUACUUCGGGUACUCGGUGGACUUCUACAUCCCCGACCCCAGCACGGUCAGUGUCCUGGUGGGAGCUCCCAAAGCCAACACCACGCAGCCAGACAUCGUGGAAGGAGGAGCGGUGUAUUACUGCGCCUGGCCCGCAGCCCGGUGCAGGCAGAUCCCCUUCGACAACACCAACAACAGGAAAAUUAAAGUCAAUGGCACCAGGGAACCUAUUGAAUUUAAGACAAAUCAGUGGUUUGGGGCAACAGUCAAAGCUCAUAAAGAGAAAGUUGUGGCUUGUGCUCCUUUGUAUCAUUGGAGAACCCUUAAAGACAGCCCUGAGAAGGACCCUGUUGGCACCUGCUAUGUAGCAAUUCAGAACUUCAGUGCCUAUGCUGAAUAUUCACCUUGUCGUAACAGCAAUGCAGAUCCUGAAGGACAAGGCUUUUGUCAAGCAGGUUUCAGCUUAGAUUUUUACAAGAAUGGAGACCUGAUAGUAGGCGGGCCCGGUAGUUUUUAUUGGCAAGGUCAGAUAAUCACUGCAAGUGUUGCGGACAUCAUUGCAAAUUAUUCCUUCAAGGACAUUCUGAGAAAACUGGCACAAGAGAAGCAAACAGGAGUGGCACCACCCUCAUAUGAUGACAAUUACAUGGGUUACUCAGUGGCUGCUGGGGAAUUUACUGGGGAUUCUGAACAAGAGCUGGUUGCUGGAGUCCCAAGGGGAGCACAGAACUUUGGCUAUGUCUCAAUUAUUAAUUCUUCUGACUUGACCUUUAUCCAGAACUUCACUGGUGAGCAGAUGGCGUCCUAUUUUGGGUACACAGUUGCAGUAUCUGAUGUUAACAAUGAUGGUUUAGAUGAUAUCCUAGUCGGUGCCCCUCUUUUUAUGGAGCGAGAAUUUGAGAGCAAGCCUAAAGAAGUUGGGCAAGUUUAUCUGUACCUGCAAGAAAGUGCAUUUCUCUUCCAAGAUGCACAAAUUCUGACAGGCACUGAAGUGUUUGGUAGAUUUGGCAGUGCAAUCACACACCUUGGAGAUCUCAAUCAAGAUGGAUAUAAUGACAUUGCUAUUGGUGCACCAUUUGCAGGAGAAGACAGAAGAGGGAAAGUGCUCAUUUACAAUGGAUACAGUAAUGGGUUAAACCCUAACCCUUCCCAGGUUCUCAGUGGAGCCUGGGCCUCACAGUCCAUGCCUUCGGGAUUUGGCUUCACUCUAAGAGGAGACUCAGAUGUAGACAAGAAUGAUUACCCAGAUUUAAUUGUGGGUGCAUUUGGAGCUGGAAAAGCAGUUGUUUACAGAGCCAGACCUGUUGUGACAGUGAAUGCUCAUCUUAUUCUGAACCCCAUGAUUGUGAAUCCAGACAAUAAAACCUGUCAGCUCCCUGGCUCUCAGCUUUUGGUGGCCUGCUUUACUGUAAGAGUCUGCGCAGACUUUGAAGGUCAAAGUAUUUCAGAUGAGAUAGUGUUGAAAGGUGAAUUGCAAUUAGAUUCAUUGAAACAGAAAGGAGCUGUUAAGAGGACCCUGUUCUUUGAUUACCAUCAGUCACAUCACUACUUCUCCCUUGUGAUAGAAAAACAGAAACAACUCCAUUGCCAGGACUUCCUUGUUUAUCUCAGAGAUGAAACAGAAUUUAGAGAUAAAUUAUCUCCCAUCAAUAUAAACUUCAAUUAUAGUUUGGAUGAGUCCAGUUUUGAAGAUAGUUUGACUGUGAAGCCAAUACUGAACUAUUACCAGAAAAACUCACUAGCAGAGCAGGCUUACAUUCUGGUUGACUGUGGGGAGGACAACUUAUGUAUUCCUGACUUGCAACUUUCUGCAGUGCCGGAUACAGAUCAGCUAAUAAUUGGAGAAGAAAAUUGUGUCAUGCUCAUAAUAAAUCCAAGGAAUGAUGGGGAAGGAGCCUAUGAAGCUGAGCUACAUAUAAAGAUUCCGCCUGAGGCAGACUACACUGGGGUUGAACGCAACAACAAGGCACUGCGUGUGUUGAGCUGUGAUUACAAGAUGGAAAAUGAAACUAGAAUGGUGGUUUGUGAUCUUGGGAACCCCAUGGUGGCUGGCUCAAAUUUCUCUACAGGCAUUCGAUUUUCUGUUCAGCAUUUUGAAAAUUCAGAUUUCAGCAUCAAUUUUGAGCUGCAAAUAAAAAGUUCUAACAAGAUAAAUCCCACCAGCAACUUAGUGAACCUCCACAUCAACAUCAGUGCUGUGGCUCAAGUACAGAUAAGAGGAGUGUCUCACCCCCCAACAAUUAUUUUGCCACUUCACAACUGGGAGCCCAAAGAUGAACCUACAAAAGAAGAAGAAGUUGGUCCUUUAGUAGAACACAUCUAUGAGCUGCACAAUAUAGGACCAAGUGCCAUCAACAAUACAAUUCUCCAUGUUGGCUGGCCUGUGUCCAGUAGAGAGGAAUUUCUUCUUUAUAUUCUUCACAUUCAGACACAUGGACCAUUGCACUGUCAAACAAGCUCUCCUAUUAAUACAAUGCAAAUAAAGUUUACUGUUCCAGAAGACACUCCUGAACUUGCUGCUUUUUUAUAUAAUUCCACAAUUUCUCAUUACAUCAGGAGAAGGGAUGUCGCAGUGGCAGAACCUUACAGGAAAAACUCUGCAAAAAUAUUGAACUGUACAAAUGUGAAGUGUGUCUUAAUUGCGUGCACUGUGGGACAGCUGGAAAGAGGAAAGAGUGCGGCACUAAAGAUCAGGUCCCGGCUCUGGGCACAAACAUUCCUGGAGAGAAAGAAUGAUCUCUACAGUCUUUCUUCCAAUGUUUCCUUUGAAGUUAAGAGCAUGCCAUAUAAAGUGCAACCAGCAAAGCUCCCUAAGGGAAGCAUAGCAAUCAGAACAUCUGUCAUUUGGUCCACCCCAAAUGUCUCCUUUGAGAUCCCUUUAUGGGUUAUAAUACUAGCCAUACUUCUUGGACUACUAGUACUAGCUCUGCUGACCCUAGCUUUAUGGAAGUGUGGCUUCUUUGACAGAGCUAGACCUCCUCAAGAUGACAUGGCUGACAGGCAACAGCUGACAAAUAACAAGACUACUGAUGCAUAAAGGAAGAGAGUGACAGUUCAAGUCAGAAUCCUGCCUGAGAGACUAGAAACACGAUGAGGAUUAAAUGAAAGAUUCUUUCCAACCAGUCUUCCUUUGUACCUGCAAGUGACAUGGUGUCAAUCUGAUCUAUGCAAUGUUCUGAGAACAUGCCACAUGAUGGCCAUCCUUGCCAAAGAAAGUAAUUUAUCACUGCCUUAUAAACAUAUUUUCCACUGAACAGAAUGUUUAUCCCAUAUUCCAGUCAGUCUACGUUUCAGCAGAUGCUUCUGAGCACGUGUGGUAUACUGAGAUGCUUCCAGAACAAGCCCAAAUCUCUCAAGGAGAGAAUGCCUUCAUUGCUGUAUUGUCUAGAAGAUGAAGCAGGACAAACCUUCUGAAUGCUACUGUAUCAUGCAGAGUACCUUUGAAACCUCCCUAAGAACUUCUAUGAAAUUAUGGCUCAGGGAGACAGGUAAUAUAUCAGUACUGUGAAAGUACUUCUGAAACACAAAGGUAGUCUAUAAAUAACUUUAUAGAUGGGGCACAAUUAUUUAUUUUUUCACAUUUUUGGAAUAAGUAUCUGAUAUAAUCAUCAACAUAGAUUUUGAGAGAAGGAAAAAAUAAUAGAAAUCACGUACUUACUUUGCAUGUAAAUAAAAGAGUAAACACAUUGUACCCCAGAACAAAACCUCCUUGGCUACGAGGUGUUUUGCAAAGCAGAAGAUUUAUGGAACACUUUACAAGAUGAGACAUAUGAUAAACAAGUACAUGUUGUAUCUCUUUCAGCCCAGAGCUGGCAGUAUCACACCCAGAUAACUAAAUCCAUGCACAGUAUAGAGCAGGGAUGAGUUACCCUGUCCUUGUUUUGCUGAUGGCUGGCAGCUGUACACUGACACAGGAUACAGACAUUUCUGAAACACUGUUUUAAAUAAUCACAGCCACACUGGUGAUACUGAAAAGGCUUGGUGGGUUUGGGGCUGGGGCAAAAUUUCAUGGCCUUUGCCCUGUUACUUUUUUGAAACCCCCUCUUAAAAUGGAACAGCUACUGCCAUAAUUUUUCACCUAAAGUAAUCUUUGCCUUUUUCAUUUUUCAAUCUACAAGCUGGCAGCAUCUUAAAAGUAAUGCUUUUGGCAAAGUUUAGGGCUUAAUAAUUUUUUUUUUAAGUCUUGCAGGAAAGGGUGACUGGAUUUCUAUUUAUGCAGAAAAAUAGGAUGCCAGCCAGCUAAGCGUGAACAAAAAGAAAGAAAGAGAUUUUGAGGUAAAAAGUAAAAAUAUACACUUAGUAUUUAUUUUUUUUUUCUGGGUUUAGGAUUCCAAAGAAGGGAUGUUUCAUUCUUUCCCUUCUAUCUGCUGAGAUAAAUGGUCUUUAUCUCAGCAGGGGCUCUAAGCCCUAAUCUGUACAAAUUUUUAUGUGAAAGCUCGAGUCUUUCAGUGCUGCCUGUGAGUGCGGAAUAUUGUGGAAAUUUCAUGAGGGAUUGUUCAUUUUAUGAAACAUACACACCACUUGCCUUCUCCUGAAUUCCUUUUCUUUCUAAUCCAUCUCAGCUUCUGAACUGGUAAAUGGCCUCAUCCAUUCUGCCACUUUUUGGCUCCUUUUAAACAAUUGGCCUUCUGCUUUCUAAUACUACAAGAUAGGCAUAGUUACGAGACAUUGUCAGUUCUGCCAGUCUGACACGAGAUUUUACAGAUUUAUCAUUUCUUGUAUGCAGACUAACCUGGGAAAUCCAAGCAGGAGCUGUGUUACGGCUUCAUAUCUAAGACAAAUUUGCAAGAAGACCUUUAUGGAGUCUUUAACUUAUCAGAUACAGUGUGCCCACAAGAGUUACAGAGAGAAGGAGACAUGUGCCCCUGAAUGCACAUUGUGUGAAGCCCCUGUGUGCUUCACACAAGCAAGCACCUCUGUUUCCUAGGAAUGAGGUGCCCUGAUGACUUCCCAGUCCCCCAGAAAACCAUUAACAGACUCCUUUCCCCAGAUGGUUUUGAGCUGAUCCCUUGCAAAUUUGAGACAUCAGCUGAUAAAUACCAUCACAAAGCAAGCCUGUCCCAUAUUUGCACACCUGUAUCCCAUACAUUCCAGGCAAAAUCAUCCUUCCAUGAAGAAAAAAAGUGAGCUUCCAGCUUUUGUAAAUAUUUAAUUGUUGUGUGUAGCAGCUUCAGAAAUAAUAUCAGGAGCUCAUUGUAAUCACAUCAUCUGCACAACUCUGAUGAAAUAGCACCAUAAGGAAAUACUGAACAUAGGACUUCUGUAUGUGCAAUACUUUAUAAUACUUAUAUACCUGAAGCAUGUUUACACUGGCAUUUGUGGUUGUUUUUUUAACUUUUGAAUAUACUGAUAACGAUUACAAUAAAGGAAAAAAGGAAUGGGGGAAAAAAAGUAAAACAAA